GGUGAGGCGGGCGGGCGAGGAGGUGACACCAUCCUGGGCAGAUCAGGCGGGAGCUCAAAACAGCCUGGUGCAUCCUUGCUUACUACGUGCUCUCGAUGCCUUGCCGAGGAGGCCCCCUGUCCGAGCGGGACCCAUGGGUCCUCUCCUCUGAGCCUGCCGGGCCGCCAGGGACCCUGCGAUGCAGCCCUGGCCGCCCACCCUGCCCUUUAGAGUCUCCCUGGCCCUAGGCAGGCCCUAACGCGUCUGAGCGCAGGUGCACACCUAUCCAGUUUCCAGGGUCCGGCUUGUGCAGGUGUAUGUGUCGUGAUUGCGGGCACAUCUGGCUGCAUGUGCCUGUGUGCAGACUGCUGCCCUUGCUCUCAGCGCUCAGAUGCCUGGCCCCACUUGGGCCACUGUCCCUGUACAGGCCCCAGUCACACCCCCACCAGACCCGGCACAUUCCAGUGAGAGUGGGAACUCAGCCCCAAUGAGCUAACUGACUAAAAGAAAUAAAUGCAGCAGAUCUAUGUAAACAAGUCAGUAGUGGGCGUCAGCAGUCACUGUGCGUUCCCAAAAAUCCUUACUGGUCUAUCGGUGGACAGGGGUCCAGGUCAGAUCACCUGUGCUCGUCUUAGGUGGACAUGCAUAACUGCACUCUGCACACAUUUCUGCAUGUCCAUGUGCACCUUUGCUCACUCUGCUGUGGGACAUGUGCUGGCCCACACACACUCCUAGGAGGAGCACUCAGGCUCCUGGCAGAGCAGGCAAAACUCAGCUGGUUGCAAUGGCCUUCUGCUGGACCAGGCAGCCCCCAGCCCACCCUAGCACUCCUUACUGAGGUCCUGAAGCAAAUGCAUUCCUCCUGCCUACUGCAGCCUCCUUGGAGUUUCUCUCUCCUCCCAGUCCCCAGCCACACCUAUUUCAAUACCACAUCCUGGGCACUGAGUCAGAUUUGGGGGCUAUAGAGGGAAGGGGAGAGACCCUGGUUGUCCUCCUGGAGUUCACAGUGUGGGGGGUAAGAGACGGUCAAACUGGCUUUUCUGGGGAAGCAAGUGCCCAUUUGAGGGAGAGACCUCUGGAGAGGUCUGAAGAAUGCUGAGUAAAGAAGUGAGUAAAUUGGGGUAGGAAUGGGGAGGGAAGUGGUUGGGAGAGGGUCUGGCCUUUGACCUGGGCCCCAGUGGGCAGAAGGUCCCAGGAGCAGGUAGGAUGCCCGCCUCACCCUGCCACACCCACAGAGGGGACGAAUGCAUCUUUACUUCGCUGGCUCAGAAGCUCCCUCAGGCGCCUGGACCUCCUGUAGGUGCACAGGGUCACUCGUCCUUGGAGGCAUGCCCAGCCACUGCCCACUUCAGCUUCUGCCGGACCCUCCUGGAGCACACAGUGUCGGCAGAGAGCAUCCCCUGCCACCUGCCUAGGACGCCAGGCACCAGCCUCACCUGGCAUGACUCCCGCAGCCAGAGGGCAGCUGGCGACCGGCCAGUCAAGCUCCUGCAGCAGCCUGGCACAGAGGCCCCCCAGGGCCGGCUGUACGCUGAGCACUAUGGCCUGUACCACACGAGUCCCUCACUGGGUGGCCUGACGAGGCCCGUGGUCCUGUGGAGUCAGCAGGACGUCUGCAAGUGGCUCAAGAAGCACUGUCCCCACAACUACCUCGUCUACGUGGAGGCCUUCUCCCAACACGCCAUCACGGGCCGGGCGCUGCUGCGGCUGAACGCGGAGAAGCUGCAGCGGAUGGGGCUGGCGCAGGAGGCGCAGCGGCAGGAGGUGCUGCAGCAGGUGCUGCGCCUGCAGGUGCGCGAGGAGGGGCGGAGCCUGCAGCUGCUCAGCCAAGCUUCCUUCGGAAACGUGUCGUAGCUGCUGCCUGAGGCUUGAACCCCAGACCCCAGCACUGUGACCGGAGCCCGGGGCAAGGAUGAGGCAGCGCCGGCUGAGCAGCCCCUCUCAGACCCUGCAAGAGGCCCCAAGGGCUAAGCCCAGCCCAGUGGACAGGUGGGAUCAGGAUUGCCACCUCCAGCCACUUCUGAUUGUGCACUCUGGGCUGUGCCUGGGAUUGGGUGGCCGGGGGCUGCUUGAACAUGGCCCCUCCUCCCAGGACCUGAGCCCAAGCCCACUGCCGGGUGCUGCUGGCAGCAUUCGGGGCAGCCACCUGGAGCCAGAGCAGGGUUUGGAUGUCCCCCCAGACUCCCAAGGAGUGUGUUUAUUUAUAUUUCCUUCACCCACCUUGAUGUCCGUCCCCCAUUGCCAGCUGAGUCACACGUCCUCUGGGCAUCCUGCCCUCUCCCAGGGUGAGAGAGGUCUGUCUGUCGGCCCACUCCACUCGUCUAGUGUCUAGUUCUACACCCUCCCCCUGCACCUAGAGUACUGCCCACACGGGGUAAACUGCCAGGGCUCCCUUCAGCGUGCACCCCUCCUCUGCCUCCGCCCAGGCCCAGCAGGCCCAACCAACGGCCAGAUAAUCCGCAUCGGCAUCCGCCCUGCCAGGCACUGUGCCAAGCACUCAUUACUUAUGAAACCCUCCCCAUGCCGCCUCUAUUCAUGGGAACAGAGGCGAGAGAGGUCCUGGGAUUGCCUAAGUGCCCAAGCCCUAACAUGGCACAAGGAGGACUGCACGCCCAGUGCCCCACACUAGGCUCCAGCAUGUCUUGCCCUUAGUUUGGGAAAGUCUCCCUCCUCCUGGGAUCACAGAGACUAUCUUUGAGGCAGUCAUGGGGGGGCAUUCCCACUGCCCUUUUCCCAGGAAAACCUGGAUUCACACAAGAACCUGUCCUGAGGGCUGCACCCCCCACGCCUGCCCACCAGAGACCUAGCUGGCACCUGAGCCACCACUCCGUGGACCUGAGGCCCCAAGGUUUGGGGCUAGUGCUGCCCGGGACAGUAAGGGUGGUCCUGGCAGCUCCUAAGCUCCUGCUCCUCUGCCCUGCCAGCCCCCGAGGGGAGUCUGAAAAUCUCAAGGAUAGAUGAAACUGCACCCCCAGCCCCCGCUCUGUACCCUGAGCUGGCCUUGGGAAGGGAGGCUGGUCAUUGUGGUGGAAUUGGAACAACUGGCCUGGUGCCCCCCAUCUGUAUGCCCCCCGACCGGAAGACCCCUUGUCCAUUGUGGCUAACAUAAGUGUCCCAGCCAGCCCACACCAUCACAACGCUGUCCUCCUCAGAGGGCCCUUCCCGCCCCUGCCUCUUCCUCCCCCUUUGUCUUGUCCGCCCACGUGCUCCUGUGUCGUCUCCCUGGUUUUGCGCUCACUUUUUUAUAUUCUGACAAAAAGACCAGAAAUAAACCUGGUUCUCAAAUGC